AUUAGCCGGACCUACCGGUACUCUAGGCACCAGCAUGGAUAUUCCAUCUGGUUGCUUUCGUACUGUGAAGCGCUUGUGUUAUGAUCUAGAAAUCAUGAUGGCGAGAUAUCAAAAGUUGGAACCAGCUGACAUGGGAAUCGUGUGUACUGUUUACAAUCUACUGCAAUCAACGUUACUGGAAUUCUGCGUACCCCAACCUGGACUUCUCUCUAUGCUCCGUACAAUCUCCGACGCGGUGAAGAUGUAUUCCGAAAUCAAUCGAAGGCGGCUUCGCGUAUUUGAGAAAUGUCGAGAGAAGCUACUUUCAUGGUGCGAGUCCUUCCCGGAUGGUUAUGCAGCUGAAUGUACAGAUCUCGUCAAAAACGAAAUCUUGCCUUUUUGCAAUUUCGAUAUAAACGACGUACCCUAUAUUACUUAACUUACGAAGAAUUCCACCCAAAGUUUUUGUGGAGGCCAUUACCCAAGUGGGGAACGCCUGUGGCUGGCGGC